UGACCAACCAAGGCGCGCUUACGUAUUUUAGCUUUUCGGUUGGCUUACACUUGAAAAUGUUGCCAUCUGCAAAAGGUAAGUGUUUAUUCUGUUGAUUAGAGAAUAAUUUUCGUAUGACUAAUGUGACGUCUUUCUCAUCUUAGCUCGAGAAUGGCAGCAACUUCAAUCUAAGAAGUUUUCAGAAAAACGCAAAUUCGGCUUCGUAGAAACUCAGAAAGAUGAAAUGCCACCAGAACAUGUUCGUAAGAUCAUCAGAGACCAUGGAGACAUGACCAACAGAAAGUUUAGGCACGACAAGCGUGUUUAUCUGGGUGCACUGAAAUACAUGCCACAUGCAGUGUUGAAGUUGCUAGAGAACAUGCCAAUGCCAUGGGAACAAAUCAGAGAUGUGAAGGUAUUGUACCAUAUUACCGGGGCUAUUACAUUUGUCAACGAAAUACCAUGGGUUGUUGAACCGAUAUACGCUGCUCAGUGGGGUAGUAUGUGGAUCAUGAUGCGUCGGGAAAAAAGGGAUCGUCGCCAUUUCAAACGCAUGCGAUUUCCACCUUUUGAUGACGAAGAGCCUCCGCUUGAUUAUGCUGAUAAUAUACUUGAUGUAGAGCCUCUAGAACCAAUACAGUUGGAGUUAGAUCCGGAAGAAGACGCCUCCAUAAUCGAAUGGUUUUACGAAAGGAAUCCUUUGGUAGAAUCAAAAUACGUCAACGGUAUCACUUACCGACGUUGGAAUCUGCCUCUAAACAUAAUGUCCAACCUCUAUCGUUUGGCCAACUCUUUAUUGACUGACCUUGUCGAUGACAAUUACUUUUAUUUGUUCGACCUCAAGUCAUUUUUCACGGCUAAAGCUCUGAAUGUCGCCCUUCCCGGAGGUCCGAAGUUCGAACCCUUAGUCAAAGACAAGACUUUAGAGGAUGAAGAUUGGAAUGAAUUUAAUGAUAUUAACAAGAUCAUCAUUCGUCAACCUAUUCGUACUGAAUACCGAAUAGCGUUCCCUUAUCUUUAUAACAGUUAUCCAUUUCAAGUGCAUUUAUCUUGGUAUCAUACUCCUAAUGUGCUUUUCAUUAAAACUGAAGAUCCUGAUCUCCCAGCCUUUUAUUUCGAUCCUUUGAUCAACCCUAUAUCCCAAAGACAAGGUGUAAAGGUAGAUUCAUCCGUUUUUCGUUAAAUUCCUUUACAGGGCCCAGAAUUACAACCAGAAGACGAUGAAACGUAUGAACUUCCUGAAGGACUCCAGCCGUUUCUAUCUGAAACUCCUCUGUACAGUGAUAACACAGCAAACGGAAUUGCUCUUUUGUGGGCUCCAAGACCGUUUUGCCUAAGAUCAGGGUCUACAAGACGGGCUAUUGAUAUUCCUUUGGUCAAGGCUUGGUACAGAGAACAUUGUCCCUCUGGCAUGCCUGUGAAAGUUCGUGUUUCGUAUCAAAAGCUACUAAAGUAUUUUGUCCUUAAUGCCCUACACCAUCGUCGACCAAAACCUCAGAAGAAACGUUACUUGUUUCGUUCGUUCAAAGCUACUAAGUUCUUCCAAAUUACUAGUUUGGAUUGGGUUGAGGUUGGACUACAAGUGUGCCGUCAGGGAUACAACAUGCUUAACCUUCUCAUUCAUCGAAAAAAUCUUAAUUAUUUGCAUUUGGAUUAUAACUUCAACUUAAAACCAGUGAAAACGCUAACUACCAAGGAAAGAAAGAAAUCACGAUUCGGUAAUGCUUUUCACCUCUGCCGAGAGAUACUUCGCUUAACAAAGCUUAUUGUAGAUAGCCAUGUCCAAUAUCGCUUGGGAAACGUCGAUGCUUUCCAGUUAGCAGAUGGUCUCCAGUAUAUCUUCUCACAUGUCGGACAGUUAACGGGAAUGUACCGUUACAAGUAUAAACUUAUGCGUCAGAUUAGGAUGUGCAAGGACUUGAAACAUGUAAUUUACUACCGUUUCAACACUGGGCCAGUGGGUAAAGGCCCAGGUGUCGGGUUUUGGGCACCGGGAUGGAGAGUAUGGUUGUUCUUCAUGCGCGGCAUAACACCAUUACUGGAACGUUGGUUAGGAAAUCUCUUGUCACGCCAAUUCGAAGGGAGGCAUUCCAAGGGUGUUGCCAAAACUGUUACUAAACAACGAGUUGAGUCUCACUAUGACUUGGAACUGCGCGCCGCCGUUAUGCAUGAUAUAUUGGAUAUGAUGCCCGAAGGUAUCAAGCAAAACAAAGCUAGGACUAUUUUACAACACUUAGGAGAAGCUUGGCGUUGCUGGAAAGCCAACAUUCCCUGGAAAGUACCAAACAUGCCAAUGCCCAUUGAAAAUAUGAUUUUACGUUACGUUAAAGCCAAGGCUGACUGGUGGACAAAUACAGCUCAUUAUAAUCGAGAACGCAUUCGACGAGGUGCAACUGUUGAUAAAACUGUUUGUAAAAAGAAUCUGGGUCGCCUAACGCGACUCUACCUUAAAGCUGAGCAGGAGCGACAGCAUAACUAUCUUAAGGAUGGUCCCUACGUAACUGCAGAGGAAGCUGUGGCUAUCUAUACAACAACUGUGCAUUGGUUGGAAAGUAGGCGUUUUUCACCUAUUCCUUUCCCCCCGUUAAGUUACAAGCAUGAUACUAAGUUGUUGAUUCUCGCCCUUGAACGUCUCCGGGAGUCUUAUAGUGUCAAAAACAGACUAAAUCAAUCUCAACGCGAGGAACUUGGCUUGAUUGAACAAGCAUAUGAUAAUCCACAUGAAGCUCUUAGUCGUAUCAAGCGACAUUUACUUACUCAAAGGGCUUUUAAAGAAGUUGGAAUCGAAUUCAUGGAUCUUUACAGUCAUUUGGUGCCUGUUUAUGAUGUUGAACCUUUGGAGAAGAUAACAGAUGCUUACUUGGAUCAGUAUUUAUGGUAUGAAGCUGAUAAACGUCGUCUUUUUCCUCCAUGGAUCAAACCAGCUGACUUGGAACCUCCUCCUUUACUUGUAUACAAGUGGUGUCAGGGUAUUAACAACUUGAAGGAUGUUUGGGAGACUAGUGAGGGUGAAUGCAACGUUUUGUUGGAAACGAAAUUUGAAAAAGUUUAUGAAAAAAUUGACCUUACGUUGCUCAAUCGUCUCUUGAGACUAAUUGUCGAUCACAAUAUUGCGGACUAUAUGACUGCUAAAAAUAACGUCGUAAUAAAUUACAAGGACAUGAAUCACACAAACAGUUACGGAAUUAUCCGCGGUCUGCAGUUUUCAUCCUUUAUUACGCAGUAUUAUGGUCUUGUACUGGACUUGCUAGUUUUGGGUCUCGAAAGAGCAGCUGAAAUGUGUGGUCCCCCGCAAAUGCCAAACGACUUCCUUCAGUUCCAGGAUACUGCCACAGAAAUCUCGCAUCCUAUCCGACUAUAUUGUCGAUAUGUAGAUCGUUUCUGGAUGUUCUUCCGUUUCUCGGCGGAAGACGCUCGUGAUCUCAUUCAACGUUACCUAACAGAGCAUCCUGAUCCAAAUAACGAAAAUAUUGUUGGUUACAACAAUAAAAAGUGUUGGCCACGUGACAGUAGAAUGCGCCUGAUGAAACAUGAUGUCAAUCUUGGUCGUGCCGUCUUUUGGGAUAUCAAAAACCGUUUGCCGAGAUCUGUUACAACAAUUGAUUGGGACAGCAGUUUUGUCUCCGUUUAUAGCAAAGAUAAUCCUAAUUUACUUUUCGCAAUGUGUGGAUUUGAAUGUCGUAUCCUACCAUCUUGUCGUUCACCCGGUCAGGCUGCAGAUGCUAAUCUCCCAAGUGGCGUAUGGCAUCUACAAAACGAGAUAACCAAAGAGCGUACUGCACAAUGUUUCCUUCGAGUGGAUGAUGAAUCAAUGCAACGAUUCCAUAACAGAGUCAGACAAAUUUUGAUGGCAUCUGGAUCGACGACUUUCACAAAAAUAGUGAAUAAGUGGAAUACCGCUUUGAUUGGUUUGAUGACUUACUAUCGCGAGGCAGCAGUAAGCACUGUCGCAUUGUUGGAUCUGUUGGUGAAAUGCGAAAAUAAAAUACAAACACGUAUCAAAAUUGGAUUAAACUCAAAAAUGCCUGCUCGUUUUCCGCCAGUAGUUUUUUAUACACCGAAAGAACUUGGUGGUUUAGGCAUGCUCAGUAUGGGUCACGUUCUUAUUCCACAAUCUGAUUUACGCUGGUCAAAACAAACCGACGUCGGCAUUACUCACUUUCGUUCAGGUAUGAGUCAUGACGAGGACCAGGUUAUUCCGAAUUUGUUCUCUUACAUCUUGUCAUGGGAGACGGAGUUUCGCGAUUCCCAGAGUGUUUGGGCUGAAUAUGCAUUAAAACGGCAGGAAGCAAACGCUCAAAAUAGACGUUUAACGCUGGAGGAUCUAGAGGAUAGUUGGGAUCGUGGUAUUCCCCGGAUUAAUACUCUUUUCCAAAAAGACAGACAUACACUGGCUUACGAUAAGGGAUGGCGUGUACGCACUGAAUUCAAACAAUAUCAAGUUCUUAAGCAAAAUCCAUUUUGGUGGACUCAUCAAAGACACGAUGGAAAGUUAUGGAAUUUGAACAACUAUCGUACCGAUAUGAUCCAGGCUUUAGGUGGUGUUGAAGGCAUCCUGGAACACACGUUAUUUAAAGGGACCUAUUUCCCUACAUGGGAAGGUCUUUUCUGGGAGAAAGCUAGUGGUUUUGAAGAAUCAAUGAAGUACAAGAAGUUGACUAAUGCCCAACGAUCCGGGUUGAAUCAAAUACCUAAUCGACGCUUUACAUUAUGGUGGUCUCCAACUAUCAAUCGGGCUAAUGUUUAUGUCGGUUUCCAAGUACAACUUGAUUUAACUGGUAUUUUUAUGCACGGCAAAAUUCCAACCCUGAAGAUCUCGCUCAUCCAAAUAUUCCGAGCUCACUUGUGGCAAAAGAUUCAUGAAUCUGUAGUUAUGGAUAUUUGUCAGGUGUUUGAUCAGGAACUUGACGCUCUGGAAAUCGAAACUGUCCAAAAGGAAACUAUCCAUCCUCGAAAAUCGUAUAAAAUGAAUUCCAGCUGUGCAGAUAUUCUUUUAUUUGCCUCCUACAAGUGGCCUGUAUCUAGACCAAGUCUGUUGGCUGAUUCAAAAGACCUUAUGGAUGGGACUACCACUCAGAAGUUUUGGAUUGAUAUUCAACUUAGAUGGGGUGAUUAUGAUUCGCACGAUAUUGAACGUUACGCCAGAGCGAAAUUUCUGGAUUAUACAACUGAUAACAUGUCUAUAUACCCUUCUCCAACUGGUGUCAUGAUUGCGAUUGACCUCGCUUAUAAUUUGCACAGUGCAUACGGAAAUUGGUUUCCUGGCUGUAAACCACUCAUACAACAAGCUAUGGUCAAAAUAAUGAAGGCAAACCCUGCUUUAUAUGUGUUACGUGAACGUAUUCGUAAAGCACUACAAUUAUACUCUAGCGAACCUACUGAACCCUAUUUGAGUUCACAAAACUAUAACGAAUUGUUCUCCAACCAAAUUAUAUGGUUCGUUGAUGAUACAAAUGUAUAUCGCGUUACUAUACAUAAAACUUUCGAAGGCAAUCUUACGACUAAGCCUAUCAAUGGUGCCAUAUUCAUUUUCAAUCCACGCACAGGGCAGCUUUUCUUAAAAAUAAUCCACACUUCAGUUUGGGCAGGACAAAAACGUUUAGGUCAGUUGGCUAAAUGGAAAACAGCCGAAGAAGUUGCUGCACUUAUCCGUUCUUUGCCAGUUGAAGAACAACCAAAACAAAUCAUUGUUACCCGCAAAGGAAUGUUGGACCCUCUGGAAGUGCAUCUUCUUGAUUUCCCUAAUAUUGUUAUAAAGGGUUCUGAGCUCCAACUGCCUUUCCAAGCAUGCCUAAAGGUCGAAAAGUUUGGAGAUCUUAUACUGAAAGCAUCAGAGCCACAAAUGGUCCUAUUUAAUUUAUAUGAUGAUUGGCUAAAAUCCAUUAGCUCUUACACAGCGUUUUCUCGUCUGAUUUUAAUUUUACGAGCUUUACAUGUCAAUAAUGAUAAAGCUAAAAUUGUGCUUAAACCAGACAAAACAACAAUCACUGAACCCCAUCAUAUUUGGCCAUCCCUUAGUUCAGAUGAUUGGAUCAAAGUUGAAUAUCAACUAAAAGACCUCAUUUUGGCUGACUACGGAAAGAAAAACAAUGUUAAUGUGGCUUCCUUAACUCAGUCAGAGAUACGAGAUAUUAUUUUGGGUAUGGAGAUUUCUGCCCCAUCACAGCAACGUCAGCAAAUAGCCGAAAUAGAAAAACAGGCCAAAGAACAAUCUCAACUUACGGCGACCACAACAAGAACAGUGAACAAACAUGGUGAUGAAAUUAUUUCAACAACAACAUCAAAUUAUGAAACUCUGCAUUUCAGCAGUAAAACAGAAUGGCGCGUCCGUGCAAUCUCAGCAACGAAUUUGUACCUUCGAACAAACAAUAUCUAUGUCAGUUCGGAUGAUAUUAAAGAAAAUGGCUACACGUAUAUUUUACCUAAAAAUAUUUUAAAGAAAUUUAUAACCAUAUCAGAUUUACGAACUCAAAUUGCAGGUUACCUUUAUGGUAUUUCACCCGCUGAUAAUUCCCAAAUUAAAGAAAUUCGGUGCAUUGUAAUGCCACCACAAUGGGGUACUCAUCAAACUGUUCAUUUACCUAAUGGACUACCACAAGAUGAAUAUCUAAAAGAAAUGGAACCGCUCGGUUGGAUUCACACUCAACCAAAUGAAUUGCCACAGUUAUCUCCUCAAGAUAUUACAACCCAUGCAAAGAUCUUCUCUGAUCAAGAUGGAGAAAAGACCAUCGUCAUAACAUGUAGCUUCACGCCAGGUUCAGUUUCACUUUGUGCACAUAAACUAACUCCUGGCGGCUAUGAAUGGGGUAGGCAAAAUACAGACAAAGGUAACAAUCCGAAGGGUUAUAUGCCAAGUCAUUAUGAAAGAGUACAAAUGUUACUAUCAGAUAGAUUUUUGGGUUUCUUUAUGGUGCCACCGCAGACAUCAUGGAACUACAACUUCAUGGGUGUGCGUCAUGAUCCUAAUAUGAAGUACGAAUUACAACCUCUCAAACCGAAGAAAUUUUAUCAUCGGGUUCACAGACCUUCUCACUUUUUGAACUUUACAUCUAUUGAAGAAAAUGAACUAACUUUAACUGACCGAGAUAACCCCUUGGCAUAAGCUGAGUUUUAUCACCACAUUUCCGGUCCACUUUGCUCCUAUUUUGUACAAUAAUCACUACAAUUUCUCUUCUACUUCUCACAAUUUGUAUUUUUGCAUACAUUCAUCUGAACGAAAGUUUUUAUUCUCUCGUAAUUUAGUAAAUGGGUGGACUAGACAAUCAAAAUUUACGCUCUUUCGAAACUAAAAUAAUCAAUCGUUGUAACUCGUACCAUAUCAGUAGCUAAGGGUUACAAGUUUAUUGGGUCUUUUGAUCUCGCUUAUGUCGCCGCACAGAAUUAAAUCUCAGAAACCGUCAACCUUAAAACCUCUGUUUAUUGUGUUUUGAGUCCGAGCCCUAAUUCAUGAAUGUGAUGGAGAUCUACAUUUGUUUUCAUAGCUUAUUUUCCUUCAUAUUUAAGAGAUUGAGUUGUGAAUGUCAGUCUACAGAUCACUUUUUUAAUUCUUUGAUAACUGGUUUCUAUACUGUAUAGUUUGAAAAGUUAGAUUCGUGUGUAGUUUGUCAUUAUAUAUCUUCAAAUAUAGAUGUUUGAAACA